AUGGGCCCCAAAGACAGAAGUGUGCUGCUGAAAUGGCUCUGGCUCAUAUUACUUGAGUUUUCUCUGCUGUCACUCGUAGAGAUGUAUGGAUUCCGUCACUGCACCCAAUAUAAGUUCGACAUUCAUCAUGUGCUCUGUGUCCGGAAGAACAUCACCAACUUGAAGGAAGGCAUUCGUGAUCUCCCUGAAUAUGUCACUCACCUCAACCUUACACACAACCAGAUCCAAACUGUGCCCUCUAGAAGCUUUAUUAAUUUGUCUAAUCUUGUGGAUCUUCGGUUAGAGUGGAACUUUAUCUGGGACCUUGGUCCAGAGGCCUUUCAGGGGCUUAAAAACUUGACCCUUUUGAACCUGGUGGAAAAUAAGCUUCAGAACAUCAGUUCUUCUUUUGAGGGCCUAUCCAGUUUGAAAACUUUGCUCCUGAGCCACAAUCAAAUCUCCUGGAUCCAUGAAAAUGCCUUUGUCCCACUCGUCAACUUACAGUACUUAAGCUUGUCUCGUAAUGCAAUAACCACUUUUUCCAAUGUUCUGGCAGCUGUCCAGCAUCUCCCACACUUGGAAGUUCUUGAUCUCGCCUACAACACUAUUGCUUUCCUCGACUGUAAUCCAACAACCUUGGUUUCCCUUACCAAGCUGAUCUUGAUGAAGAACAAGUUGGUAGACUUGGAUUUCUCUGUCCUAUCACUUCCUAACCUGACCACCCUGGAUGUCUCCCAGAAUGCUAUCCAGAAUGUGUAUCUGGAAACUCUACCACAGGUGAAGAGAUUGAAUCUGAGCCAGACAUGUUUGAAAGUGGAAAAGCUUGAUGCCAAAUAUCUCCAGAAUCUGAUGGAGCUGGACCUCAGUGGUAUCACUCCAUUGCCUAACACAAAGCAGGUGAAUCUGAGUGCAGUGUGUCACCUCCUCCAGAACUUGCCCAAGAUAGAGACUUUGUUUUUUCAGAAAAAUGGAAUUGAUUCAGAGGACAUCAAGCACCUUGCCAACUGUACUAUGCUUUUGUCUCUUGACCUGAGCCACAAUAAAGAUUUGGUCCGUCUCAGUAACAGUGAGUUCAGCGACAUGCCCAGCCUUGAACGGCUGGAUCUGAACAGUUGCAUGCUGUCCCUGGUCAGCAAUAUGACUUGGAAUUCCCUCCAGAAUUUGACAGUGUUAGACUUGAGUAGAAAUAGGCUUAAAACCUUUCCAGAUUUUGCAUUUGCUCCCCUUCAACGCCUUCGGUCUCUCUCUCUUUCCAGAAAUCCCAUCACAGAACUCAACAACCUGUCCUUCUAUAGGUUACACGAGCUGAAGGAACUCGACUUGGCCGGCUGCUGGAUAGUGGCAAUUGAUCACUACGCCUUUAGUCAGUUUUUGAGUCUUGAGAAUCUAAACCUUCGGGAGAACAAUAUCCGAACUCUGAAAAAGAACACUUUUUUAUUUCUGAAGAAUCUUCAAGUUCUGACUCUCUCCCAGAACCGUUUGGCCACCAUAGAGAAAAGUGCUUUUUCUGGCCUCACAAAACUAUACAAACUUGACCUGGCAUACAACAUACUGUCUGAUUUUCAUCCUGGUAUGUUCCUGGGACUGGAAGGACUAGAGGUUUUAGACCUCAGUUUUAACAAAAUAACAUAUGAAACUCUCAAGAGCCUCCAGCCUCCUCCUUUUAAGGAUCUCCAGUCUCUCAAACGCCUCAACUUAGAAGGACAAAUAAAUGGAAUUCAGGUUGUUCCAAUCAACUUCUUCCAAGGAUUGGGGAAUUUGCAGGAACUACUACUGGGAAAGAAUUCUAAGGUAUUUCUGGACCACCUCCAGUUGGACCAACUGCCUAAUCUCACCAGACUGGAUAUCUCAGGGACAAAAGCUGGCAAUCGGGGUCUCUAUUUAAAUACUUCCUUGUUCCAAAAAUUGAAACGAUUGAAAUUAUUGCAACUAGAGAACAACAACUUGGACUCAUUAGCUCCUGAAAUGUUCUUUGGUUUGGAAAGCCUUCAGAUCUUUUCCUUGAGGUUCAAUAACCUCAAAAUCAUUAAUCAAAACCUCUUGCAGAACCUGAAGUCUCUGAUGUAUUUUGAUGUCUAUGAGAACAAGCUUGAGUGUAUCUGUGAUAAUGAGUGGUUCAAGAACUGGUCCAUCAGCACACCAACCGUCCAUAUCCCCUACUUGAGGAGCUUCCAUUGUCAGCAGCCAAAUACACAGAGCCUACUAGUGGGUUUUGAUACUUCCAUAUGUAAUUUUGACACAGGUAAAAUUUGCUUCUUCUGCUCCUUCAGCCUGGUGUUGGCAACCAUGGUCUUUUCUUGGUUUGGUACCAAGAUGAUCUCAUCUAUGCGAUAUGGAAUCUAUAUGUUUAAGUCCUUAUACUUGGCCAAGUGGCAUCGGACAGAAAGGGAGUUCGUCUAUGAUGCUUUUGUCUCCUUCAAUGCUGCUGAUGAAGAAUGGGUUUAUAAGGAGCUUGUACCAGCUCUAGAAGAAGUUGGCCAGCCCACUUUUAAGCUCUGCCUGCACCAUCGGGACUUUGAACUUGGGGUAGACAUCUUUGAAAAUAUCCAGAAUGCCAUUAACACCAGCCGAAAGACUCUCUGUAUUGUCAGUAAUGACUAUCUCCGAAGUGAGUGGUGCCGGCUUGAAGUGCAGCUGGCUAGCCUCCGGAUGUUCUAUGACUACCAGGAUGUGAUCAUCUUGAUUUUCUUGGAGGAGAUCCCCAACUACCGACUGUCCAGCUACCAUCGACUCCGGAAACUCGUGAAGAAGCAGACAUUUAUCACCUGGCCUGAGAAUUUCCAGGAGAGACCCCUCUUCUGGGCCCGCAUUAGAAAUGCUCUAGGCAACAGGACUGUUAGGGAGGAGAAUGCACAGUUGAUUUUGACUGAUCCACUAGGAGACUGA